AGUAGAUUGGGGUUUGUGUCGUGUGAACACACCAUAUUUGCAGCGAUCUUUUGCAUGUACAGACAUCUGCGCCAAUGUCUGCGCAGACAGAUCGUUGCGUGUGGACCGGGCUAUACACUCUGAGUAUGUCAUCUCUGCACGAAGCAUCUGCAGCGUACAUCGUUGAUCCAGUACACGUCAAUCAUGUCUGCUAUUGAAAGUUGACAACUCUGUGUUGGGAUUGAUUGGGGGUUAGGUUUAACCCCAGGAAUGUUUGUAGUGUGUGGUGUUGUAGUUUUGUGUGAGAUUUGAAAUGUUAUGUCCAUUGUAGUGUGAAUUUGAGUGUAAAUAUGGCCAGUCCUAGAACCCGCAGAGUUCUAUCUGAACUGAAACCGAUUGACGAGAAUUCGAAAUGUUUUGAGUGUGGAACUCACAAUCCACAAUGGGCCUCUGUGACAUAUGGAAUAUGGAUUUGUUUAGAAUGCUCUGGAAAACACAGAGGACUGGGAGUACAUCUGUCAUUUGUGCGGUCCAUUAGUAUGGAUAAGUGGAAGGAUAUUGAGCUUGAAAAAAUGAAGGUUGGCGGCAAUCGAAGAGCAAGAGAAUUUUUUGAAUCACAACCAGACUGGGAUGACAGCAUGUCAAUCCAAAGACGGUACAAUACAAAGGCAGCUGCUCUUUACAGAGACAAAAUUGCAACUCUUGCACAAGGCAAGUCGUGGGACCCAAAUACAUCUUCUGCUCAGAAGCAAGCAUCACCAACAAAAUAUAGUAAUUCCUAUGAGUCUGGAGACUGUGGUGGCAGUUACCAAAACAUGACAGCUGCAUCAGUGUAUGACCAAAAGGAAGCAUUUUUUUCUCGUAUUCAGAAUGAAAAUGCGCAACGGCCAGAUGGUGUACCUCCAAACCAAGGUGGGCGGUACUCGGGAUUUGGAUACACUAUGGAGACACCUCCUCGUAGUAGCUCUCAAGAAUUCUUUGAUACUGCAGUUUCCUCUCUUGCAAGUGGAUGGUCAGUAUUUUCAUCUUCGGCAAGCAAGAUUGCAAGCAAAGCAACGGAGGGAGCCAUCAAGAUUGGAGGGAUUGCAUCUCAGAAGGUAGCUGAAAUUAGUGUUUCUGUUGGUGAAAAGGUAAAGGAAGGCAAGCUGCUUGAAGAUGUUAGCUCUCAGGUGUCAAAUCUAGCAACAAAGGUAGGAGAUCUGGGCCGCCGUGGUUGGAAGGAUAUAGCAGGAACAAACACACCAGCUCCACAGAAUGAAUCUAGCCCAGAACCAUCCACGGAGAAGUCUUCCUUACUAAUUGAGGGCAGCAAUUCAGUUAGGAAUAACCAGUCAAGAAAUGUUGCAUCUGGAUUGCUAUCUGAACAGGAGACGCAGUCUUCCGUAAAUGCAGAGCCUGACGACUGGGGAUGGAGUUCAGAGAAGGCACAGCUUUCAAAGAGCCCGACCAGCUCAAAAUCGUCAAAUGACUGGGGAAACUGGAGCCCUGUGAAGGAGCAGACGCCAACACAAUCACCAUCACAGACCAGUAAUGGAACAUCUACUCGCAAGACUAAGAAGAAAUCUGGAGCAAAAGAAGGUCUCCUCAUUGACUUUGCAGAAGAUAAAAAUGGCACUGAUUGGAAUUCAAAAUGGGAUGAUGAUGCAUGGGAAAUGUUAAACAAAAAGGAUUAAAUACCAUAAAAUGGCAUUUAGAUGAUUUUCAGAUAUUGUAAACUUGUUUGCUAGAACUGCUGUGUGAUUCAGUGGUCCGUGACAUUUAACAUUCAAUUCUUGAUGGUCUUGAUGGUGUAAAUUGGCCAUACUUUGGAGUUCUUGCACAUAAUGACAAUAGGCAUUCUUUUAAUGCCAUCAGCAGUGAUAUCCUUCCUGUUAAAAUUUCUUAUCUUACAGCAGAACCAAAACUUUCAUAGAUAGAAAUUGUGGACACUGCUAAACUUGAAGGGCCAUUAAUUUUUAUUUUCGAAUGUGUAGAUUACGUAAACUUGUGUUGUGCACAAAUGUCAGUUAUCUUUUAAACUGGUUUUAAGUUUAUUGCAUAUGUAUCAUGCCUGUUGUUUUCAAGAUGAUUUAUCAAGAGUAUUGUAAUCUUGAAAUGAUAAUGUAAUGGUAUUUCAUCAACGCAUGUUUAUUCAGAAUAAGUAUUUUUUUAUGAA